AUGGAAUUGGACUAUUCUAACGUGGGGUUAAAAUAUUUCAAUUUAUAUAUGAGCAAACAACAAAUUCAACCACCAUUUCAAAAUAAAUACAAGUUAAGAUUAGUAUCACAAUCAGAUUCAAAAUCAUGUCUAAUAUGUUAUAAACCAACAAAUGUAGUAUUAAUAACAGAAAAUAAUGCUGAUUUCUUUUUUAUAUGUAAUCUGCAUUUAUUAGAUGAAUCAUUUGCCAAACCAAUAGAAUCCAAAGAAUAUAAUGAUUUGAAAAAUGAAGUGGAUAAUCUAGAGAAGCAAUUGACUGAGGUAAAUAAAAAAAUUGAAGAAACUAAACCUUACUUGUGGGGUAUUAAUUAUUGGUCAAAAGAUAAGAAAAAGAAUGAUAAAGAUGAUAAAGAAAAAGAAAAUAAAGAAAAUAAAGAAAGUAAGGAAGAUAAAAGUAAAGCGAAUAGUCAUGAAUCAUAUAAAUCUAAAGCAACAGAAAUUGAAAAGAACCUAAGUACGAAAAAGGAAGAAUUGCAAAAUCAUAAAUUUAAACACUACAACUUAAAUUCUACAACUUAUAAGAAUAGAUUAAUGUUAAAUCAAAAGAAGAAAUAUAAUAAAGAAAGAUCAGAAAAAAUACAAACUGAUGGGUUUUUCCCAUCAGCUCCAACUCAUAAUAUAAAUUGA